UAAAAGCCGGAGCAGGGGGGCUUAACUUCAUUCUGACUGUAGAGUGGGAAGCCACAGGGAGGGAAGAAGGAAAAAGAGAGCGGGGCAGGCAGGCAGGGAGGGCUGAAGGCGACACAAUUCUUCUCCGUUCCGGAGUGCGCUGUGGGCUUCAAAGCAAGGCAAAGCCGGCCGGCUCUUCCAGUCUUCUGCAGCAUGAAAGCCUUUAGUCCGGUGCGAUCCGUCCGGAAAAACAGCCUUUCGGAACACAGCCUGGGGAUUUCCCGGAGUAAAACCCCGGUGGAUGACCCGAUGAGUUUGCUGUACAACAUGAACGACUGCUACUCGAAGCUGAAAGAGCUGGUGCCCAGCAUUCCUCAGAACAAGAAAGUCAGCAAGAUGGAAAUCCUGCAGCACGUUAUUGACUACAUCCUGGACCUGCAGAUCGCUCUCGACACGCACCCCAGCAUCGUCACCCUCCAUCACCAGAGACCGGGACAGAACCCUUCCUCCAGAACUCCUCUGACCACCUUGAACACAGACAUCAGCAUCUUGUCACUACAGGCAGCUGAAUUUCCCUCAGAGUUAAUGUCAAAUGAGAGCAAAGCACUUUGUGGCUAAGUAUGUUUGGUGUUUGCUGAAUUUUUGCACAAGAAGAUACAUCCCCCCACGGCAAUGCUGUCUGUUUCCCAGCUAUAUCUGGAGGGGGGGAAUCCAUAUUCAGUUAAAUGAACCUUUUAAAGAAAAAUUAAUGGAUAUCAUCUUCUACUGUUCUUCAUCUUGGACUAAUCUUAAUUAUUUAUGAAGAGACUUUUAAAAAGCCCUUUCCCUAGCUGGAAAGGCUUCAUUUAUAUGCUACUCCCACAGUAGGGAGCAAAAUGCAACUUUUUUUAAAAAAAGCCCUCCUUAAGGAAUUUUCCCUUUUAAAGCAGACUUUGCCUUUUUUUCCUCCAAAAGGUGGAGCGUGAGUAUUAGAAGAUUUGAGUGUUCAGUAUUCUGUGAAGUCUUGGUCAAAAAUUAGCUUUUUUUUGACAUGCGUAUAGGACUGAAUGCUGUGUACAUAUUUAUAUAUAAAUAUGGGAACGAAACUUUGAACUCUUUAAUUAGAGUUUUCUUGUAUAGUAGCAGAAAUGUAUAUUUCUGCAAAAAAAAAAGUUAUGAUGUACCUCUAAUCAUGCUGAACUUUUUAUAAAAGUUUAGUUGUAAACUUAACCUUUUUAUACAGAAUCAAAAUAAAUUGUGUGUUCAUUGAAUAGCUUGUUUGCCUUCUUUGUAAGUGCCAGCUGUUUUGUGGCAGAACAGCUGAAUUGGCAAUAUACCAGUUACAUUCUAUGUAGAUUGUCCUGGAAGUUCUUUAUUUUCUCUGAGAAAUUGAAAGUUGUUAAAAAAAAAAUCCAAAGCUUUUUGUGAAGAGACUUUCAAGUUGGUCACUGCCUUGAGAAGUUUGAAUUUUAGAAGCAAAAACUUGUUGUGCACAAAUAAUUCCUUUGCCUGUUUUCACCCUCUGUUGAUUGGCUAUGUGAACUUCUAAAAGCAACUUCUCCACCUCUGAUGAACUUGCUUUUGAUUAUGCAGAAAUUAAGGACAGGGCUGCUAAUUUUCCCAACUGUUAACUUCUUGUAAAAACAAAAUUUUCAUGUAAAAAAUAUAAAAGCUAAUGUUUUAAUGUAAGCUAAUGAUGUAUGAAUACUGGAAAGUUUAUAUGGAUGUGCAAUAUUUCAUGAAAAGGGUAUUAGUUAAUAAGUUGCAGCUUUUCUAUAUGACUAAGCUGCUGAGAAAUGAAAGUCAUUCUCAUGUUAUUGAUUAAACUCUGGCUGCUUCUAAGCAUUCAACCUCUUCUAAAAAUUAAAUGUCAUUUUCUAGUAUUGUCUUAAGGUUGCAAUGCCAACUAUAAGAAUAAGAUGGACUUCAGGAUUUAAAUUAUAAACAUAUGCAGAAUUGCUGCUCUUCUGUCAAUUCUCAUCACUACACAACUCCUUUUUUCAAUCUUGUCCUACUAUAACCC